CUCCCCCGCGCAUAAAUGUGGCAAGGUCACUUCUUCCCCUCAGCUCCACCCCACCCCACCCACCCAGUCCAUUCCCCGUCGCCCUCACGCUCUUCGUGCUCGCCGCCUCCCUUCGCGUGCUGCCUCAUGGCUUCCAUCGCCGGAUCUGCCGUGUCCUUCGCCAAGCCCGUCAAGGCAAUCAACACGAACUCACUCUCUUUCUCUGGUGCAAGGAGGGGCAAUGCAUUUCUUCGCUUGCAGCCAGUGCCGAUGAGAUUUGCUGUUUGCUGCUCAGCAAAGCAGGAUACAGUGGAGAAGGUUUGUGAAAUUGUUAAGAAGCAGCUUGCUGUUCCUGAAGGCACUGAAGUUUGCGGUACCACCAAGUUUUCUGACCUUGGAGCUGAUUCACUGGACACGGUCGAGAUUGUGAUGGGCCUUGAGGAGGAGUUCCAGAUCAGCGUGGAGGAGACGAGCGCGCAGGCAAUUGCGACAGUUGAAGAUGCUGCCACGCUCAUUGACAAGCUUGUCUCUGCGAAGUCAUCUUGAAGGGAGGUCGUAAAUCGUAAUGAUUGGAGCUCGUAAGCUAGUAUUCUUACCUUGGGCUGAUCCUUGUUGUUCUACCAUAGUCGUUAUUAUAUGGUGGGUUGGUGAUUUUCUCUGGACUAUUGUCUCCUGCUGUGUGUAAUAAGAUAAUUGGUUAAGUAUGUAAGCUGUUGAACAUCUAAGUGCGUAGUUUUCGUGCGGCUGUGGUGCAUGUUGAUGUAUGCAUCUUUUUGUGUCCAAAUGGAAGAAUAUGCGGGUACAAGGCAACUA